GUCGCUAGCAGUCGAGUUGCAGCAGUUUCACAGAUACCGACAUUUAACAAACACAAUGGGUGUUACAAGCCAAGUACUUUUCGCUGCCGUUGUUGUUUUCAUAGUAACGAUGAGCCGCCCAGUGGACAGCCUGUGUACUACACACUCCUGCCCACACGGCAGUGUGUGUAGGAUUCUGCAGACGUGUGCUGGGCACCACUGCCCCCCACACGCCGCCUGUGUGCCUUGUGUGCCCCACGGUGCCGAUGCCGUGUGUCACAGACACAAUUUCUUGCAUGCAGUUCUUGUAGGAAACGCCCACUCACCUUGGUCCAUCCACGCCCGCAAAUGCUACCCACACAUCCCCGGCGAAUGUCCAUUCAACACCCACUGUGUAUCUGACGGCUUCGGCCACGGCACCUGUUGCUACGGCAACCCCCUCUUCGGACAGCCCGCCAUCAGCCACCACCGUAUCUGUCCCGUCAGUCACUGCGGCGUCCAGUGUCCGUUCGGCACAUCCUGUCAGCACGUGUUCAUCUGUCCUUUUGAUGUCCCGCCGUGCACCGAGAGAUACGAGUGUCGGCCGGUUUAUAAUCCCAUUAAUCCCAUUAAUCCCUUGGCCUUAACGCCAGACAGACAGCCAGACAGCCAGACUUCUAGACUUCCAGACAACCAGACAGCCAGACUUCCAGACAGCCAGACUUCUAGACAGCCAGACUUCCAGACAGCCAGACUUCUAGACAGCCAGACUUCCAGACAGCCAGACUUCCAGACAGCCAGACUUCCAGACAGCCAGACUUCCAGACAGCCAGACUUCCAGACAGCCAGACUUCCAGACAGCCAGACUUCUAGACAGCCAGACUUCCAGACGGCCAGACUUCCAGACGGCCAGACUUCCAGACAGCCAGACUUCCAGACAGCCAGACUUCCAGACAGCCAGACUUCCAGACAGCCAGACUUCCAGACGGCCAGACAACCAUACUUCCAGACAGCAGCUGUUAACUGCAGACUUACCCGUCAUUUAGGUCCCCGACUGUGUUUCGCCGUCUCCCAAGUCAAGACAUCCCUGCGGCCUUUAGUUCAACAAGAAGACUCCACUUCCAGUCUGAUUUGGGCAAUCUUUUUCGUCUCCGCUAAAGAUCCAACACGUCUCCCCUGA